GUACAACAUCGGCUGGAAGCCUGUUUAUUGACUGCUUCCAGUUUGCUUGGACGAUAUUUCAAUAGCCUGUGUCCAUUGUCGUUCGGAGCGUUCAGUUAUACAGCUUGGUCACCGUCAGUCAUCAGCGUGUGAGAUCGCUAAGAGAACUCCGCUCGGUUCAACCAACUCAGAAUGUCGCUAUCUACUACGUUUCAGGGCAUGUCUCUUGAUGAAAAUGGUGCCCUGCAGCCGUCACCUGAGACAAUGGCUCAGCCAGCUACUUUCAAAACGUUGACCAUGUAUCUGCUAUUUAAACCAAAGCAAAACGAGCAUCAGGGGAGCUAUAUUGGCCUUUGCGUCGAACCCAUGGGAGAACUCUUCAAAAUCUCGGCAAGGGGUUUUCAAGACCCCUCUAACAAGAAUGUUACCUUGGACUACUUCCAACCUACCCAAUACAUAGGACGCAUUGACAGAAUCUUCCAACGUGUAGCCGGGAGAAAAAACAGAUUUGCAAAGUGUCAACUUAAUGUUACGUUUGCAGAUGAUAUUGUGAAGAUGAUUCAUAUACCGGAGGAAUCCCGUUGGUGCGGAGCCGGUGGACUUUGGCACUAGCACCCGCACCAGGGAAUGAACCGGCGACAACCGGUUCGGAUAAGCUAAUCUAACCAAUCUACGCUACGCUAUAGCUGGAACGCUUCUGCUGAACCUUUCUGGUCUACCGUGCCCAUCCAACAUUGAUUGCACGAUUGUCAGCAUAUUGCACGUUGCCAGCGUAUCUCGAUUCCAGUAGCGCAUUGUCGUCCAGUCUUGCUGCAAACAGUUAGGGUUGGUACAACCCAGCAAGCCAUGGACAUCUUCAACCUUGCCUUCUCGUCGCCGCCAAGGUCUUGAAUGAGGUCGUUGUUUGAAGUCCUUUUCAAGGAAGUCGUUGUAUGAGGCCAAACAGCGAGGGCAAACAGAUGAGGUCUUGUGUUCAUCAAUCAGGAAGCAGUUGAUGCGAUUGCGCCUGAACAGAAUGCGCCAGCCUUUUGUCUUUGAUG